CCGAAGAAGAGGACAGUAAAAGAGGGCAAAGGUGAUGACGAUGAUAAUGACGAUGACAAUGACGAUGAAGAGGAAGAGGAAGAAGAAGGAAAGGACGAAAACGAAGAUGAAGACGAAACGAAUGAUGCGAAAGGGGAUGACAAAAAUACGAAGAAUGGCAGAAAACACGACGAUGAUGACGAUGAUGACAAGAAAGUCAAAGGUAAUGCACGGGAAAAUGACGACGACAAGGAGGAGGAUGGAGAAGGAAGAGAUGAUGGUGAUGAUGACAAAAAUGACGAUGAUAAGGGUACAGUUAGUAAAAUUAAGAAGCACGGUCGAAAACAUACUAGAAUAGAAGCCAAAAAGUCGAAAGAUGAGAAGAGCAAGAAGGAUCACAAAGACAUCGCCUCGGUGAAAAGGGAUGAUAAGAAGAAUAGUGAUGAG